GUUCAGAGUCACGUUGGUAUUUCGUCAAGGUAACGCCUUGGCCAGGCUUGCUUGUUACAAUUGAAUGCAAAGUAAAUUAGGUAUAAUUAUUCUUUCUUUCUUAAAUGAAACCCUUGAUGUCUGUCAUACCAGGGUCUUAAUCAUUCUAAAACGAAGUCAAGCCAACAUAUUUUUUUGUCUCGUAUUGGUCCGAAAGUUACCCCGCUCAGCUCAAGACAAUUCACCUGUCGUGCAGUGUUGCUAUGACGACGAGUUGUAAUGUUUGUGCCGCGCCGGUAAGGUCGUAAACUCCGAUCGUGUGUAUGAAGUGAAUGCAUGCAAUUAUUUUCAGCAUUCUUUCCAGUUGUAAAGGAAAUACUACUACAGCACGAAAACUGACUAAAACUUUGUUGAAUUUGGUACUAGUUUCGAAGUUUGACAUCAUCAUGGCAACAACGUUACCAUCAUUAGAAGCUCUUCUCGGGAAGGAAAAGAAGAGUAAUGUCUCGUUUGGAACGACAGCAGACCGACCUCUCUUCCCAGCCAGCUUACCAGUAAAUAGAAUAGGAAAUGGUAUGGCCUUAGACACAAAGCCCAACAGAGGGCCAGGAUCUUAUGAUAAUGCAGAGAAAACCACAUCAAUGUAUCAUGUUGAGAACCAGAUAACAAGCAAAAAUGGAUACACAAUGGGAGCAAGAACAGGACCAAGGAUACGAAAAGAAUUUCAAACGAAGACACCUUGUCCAAGUACCUAUCAAACUAAAUGGUCUGUUCCAAGGACCUUUGAACCCUCAAAUAAGCCAUUUGAAGUCGGAGCAAACAGAUUUUACAGGAACACGGUCGACCCAGAGUUAACACCAGGAGCUGGAACGUACGAACACAACGUGCCAAGAAACAGGAAAGUAGCUUAUCAUGGAACAUUCGGAGGUCCCCAGCUUCUAAAGGUCCCGCCAAAUGAUGGCGUCCUAAUGCCAGAAGAUUGCAAGGGAACAACACAAAAGAGUCGCCUCAUGACGUAUAAGGAGAAGAGGAAAUUUGCAAUCCGAGAAGCAUACCUGAGUUUAUACUAUUGAAGAUGAAACUAUUUUUCAUAAAGACAAUUUAUACAAAGACUUCAAUGCCGUUGGAAGAGAUGACUUUUACUUUGCUUUGUGGAGCUGCAAUAUUCUCCUGAAUUUCUUCACUAUUUGCUUUUAUUGUUCAGGCGAGAAUCUUAUUCAGAAAGCUUCUGAAUCGUGCCUCCCUUACGGUCCAUGUGCUCCUCCAAAGUGUUUUGAAUUUGUAACCUUAACUUAGUUUACUUCACUCUUUUAAUCGUUACAUUUUUCCAAUUUUGUAACUUUAUUCUGGCUGGUACAGAUUGUGUAUACAUUUUAAACAAAAAAAAGGUAAUUGCUGCAUUAAAUUAUUUAGGAUGCAACCCUACAAAAACUAUUCUAGUUUGUAUUCAAUAUACUUUUUUUACAAUAACAUCAAUUAUCAGGCAUAAUUUUAAAUUAAUACAAUAUUACAAUUAAUUCAUUACAAUCACAGGUACUAUUAUUUUUUUUGGUCUUAUUAAGGUUGAAGAGUAUAGUGCACAGUUCCAGCUAAUUAAAUUAUUAGCUGCAAGAGGAAGAUAUUUAUCUUAGUUUCCUCAAUCCCUCCUUCCCUUCUUUUUUUUCUCUCUCCCUCCCUCUCUCUCUCUCCCUCUUAACCUAUCUUUCGAUCACUUCACCUCAAUUUUUUUCUUUCUCUCUUACUCUCAAAUCUCUCUGUCUUUUCACUCUUUUCCAUCUGAGGUAUUUCACUUUUUUCCUAAGAAAAUAAUAUAUAAAAUGUUAUUUAUCCUAUGUAACAUGAUAACCUGAAAUGUACCUUUAUGAGUGAUCAAUUUGUACAUAAAUAAUAAGAAUAAUACAAAUGUGAUAAAUGUUUGCAUACUAAACUCAAGAAAAAUACAAAUGCUUGAACUAGUG